AUGCCUGCCGUCUUUGACGGGAUGAAGCUUGCAGCUGUUGUUGCUGCCGCCCUUUAUGUUAUUGUGCGCUGCUUGAACUUGAAAAGCCCGACUGCAUCUCCAGAUCUCAUAUACCAAGACAACCCUUUAACCCGCUUCCUAGUAAAAUCUUGUCCUUUGCUGACCAAAGAAUACAUUCCACCUCUCAUCUGGGGAAAAAGUGGACAUAUCCAAACAGCGCUGUAUGGAAAGAUGGGUCGAGUCAGCUCUCCAAACCCAUAUGGUCUGAGGAAGUACCUCACUAUGCCUGAUGGAGCUACUGCAACCUUUGACCUCUUUGAGCCACUAGCUGAGCACUGCACUGGAGACAGUAUCACUAUGGUUAUAUGUCCUGGGAUAGCCAAUCACAGCGAGAAGCAGUAUAUUCGGACUUUUGUGGACCAUGCGCAGAAAAAUGGAUAUAGAUGUGCUGUGCUGAAUCACCUCGGAGCCUUACCGAACAUUGAGCUAACAUCUCCACGCAUGUUCACGUAUGGUUGUACGUGGGAAUUUGGAGGAAUGGUCAACUACAUCAAGAAGACGUAUCCUCAGACCAGGCUGAUAGUUGUGGGGUUUAGCCUUGGUGGAAACAUAGUGUGUAAAUUCCUUGGUGAAGCUGUAGUCAACCAGGAGAGAGUCCUGUGCUGUGCCAGUGUGUGCCAGGGGUACAGUGCUUCCCGGGCACAGGAAACAUUCCUACAGUGGGAUCAAUGUAGACGAUUUUACAACUUCCUCAUGGCUGACAACAUGAAGAAAAUCAUUCUGUCUCAUAGACAUGCUCUGUUUGGUGACGCCAGAAUGAAUAGAAUCUUUGAGGAUUCAGUCAUAAGCCGAUUAUACACAGCUACAUCUCUCAUGCAGAUCGAUGAUACCAUCAUGAGAAAAUUCCAUGGCUAUGAGACCCUUAAGGAGUACUAUGAAGCAGAAAGCUGUGUUCGGUAUUUACAGAAUAUUCAUGUUCCUCUCAUGCUGGUAAACGCCGUAGAUGACCCGUUAGUCCAUGACAGUUUGCUGUCCAUUCCUAAGACUCUGGCCGCAAAAAAUGAAAACGUUAUGGUGGUUUUGCCGCUUCAUGGUGGACACUUGGGCUUCUUUGAGGGUGCUGUACUUUUCCCAGAACCCCUAACCUGGAUGGAUAAACUUUUGGUGCAGUACUCCAAUGCCAUCUGCCAUUGGGAGAAAAACAAACCACAUUGCUCGGAUGCUGAGUCGGUAGAAUCUGAUCAAAAGUAG